AUGACAACGCAGAUGCAAUGUUGGACAGGGCAACUCAGUCCCAACAACAUGGUGGAGAUCGCGGCAAUCUUCAGGUUAGACAAAUGGUGCAAUGGAUGGAAUUCCAUGAACAAGAAGAUCGAGGAAUUGGGUCAACUAAGCAACGAGGCGUCACAGAGUUUCGCGAAUCUGGAACAGCAAGCUCAAAGUCGUGAACACACCAUGGCUCUGCAGUACCUGAAGUUGACGCACACUCUAAAUGAGAAAGCUCAUGAAGCUUUGAAAUACAGGAUGGAAUCUUCAAGCAGGGAAUCCGAGUUGGCAGCGACGCGAGAGACGAUCGAGAUGAUCAAAGGAGAAGAACGUAUGGCCAAAGAAGAGGCGAACAGUGCCAUCCUUGCGGCGGAAUCUGGGGUCUUUGCCCUACAGGACAGACUGAACAAGGCGGAAGUCGCAAAACAUGAAGCCAACGUGGGAAUGCAACAAGCUGAACUACACGCUCAGCAGGCCUUGGAGCGCGAGCGACCUAUCACUGCUCUACACAGUGAGCUGGGCGAGCUACGUCUUCGACACAAACAACAGGAAGAGUAUCUAUCAAUCGCGAAGUCAGCAAGCCUGGAAGCUCGAAAUCGAGGCUGA